AUGUCUGGCUGGGUGGAUUGGUCCAAGACCACGCAAUCCCGCAACUAUCGCGGCUCGACCUCGUUCGCGACAUUCAUGAUCAUCGGGCCGACCUGCUUCUUCCUCGGCAUCCUCUUCGCCUCCUUCCCCUACGACUUCCCCCUCCUCUGGACCUCGGCGCCCGUCCCGGACACCUUCUUCCAGCACCUCGAAACCCACCUCAAGUUCAUGCACCAGUCCCCGCCCCUCAUCGGCCGCCUCCUCAACAUCAUUGUCUUCACCGGCUUCCUCGGCUUCUUCAUCAAGCUCUUCCGCCCCUCCGAGGCCAACGUCCUCUUUGACGGCGCCUCCCUGGUCCUGUACCUCAUCGGCGUCGGCGUCUAUAUCACAAACAUCGUCAAGGGUCUGCGCUCCGUCUCCGCGGGCAUCUGGGACGACCCCGAGUUCACAGGCGAGGUCAAGGACCCACGCGUCGAUGGGGAGAUCAUCCUCGGAAAGGAGGACAGCUUGAAGGUCCUGGCGGCGAGUAACACCAUCCUCGCGCUCGUCUUGGUCGGUGUCUUGGUGUUGCAGGCGGGCCAGUGGUAUGCCGAGCGCAAGGACCGCGAGGACUUCGUCAAGCUUGAGGAGGAGAAGAACAGCAAGGGAUCUGCUUCGCAUAAGAAGAAGCAGUAA